CACAACCUUGGCCCGUUUUAAAAAGUGAGCAAAUAAAACAAGUACCGUAGUACUUCAUUUGUUUUGCUUUGUUCAUUCAUUCCUCGCAAAUUCACCUCUUUCAACAAAACCAACAACAAAGAUGGAGUCUUGUGAAGAGAAUGAUAAUGAUAUUUUAAUGGAGCAUGCAUCAGAGCGGUUUUCACUUCAAAUGAAUCAUGCUGAUUCAGAAGCUAUGCAUGAUAAAUCACUUUCAUUUGCAAUUGGUUUGCCCAUACCUGUCACAUGGAUACGCAACGAAAUGGAGGAUAGUAGACAUGAAAAGUUGGGAUAUCACGGAGAUAUCGAUUCAAGUCAAUUGGCUCCUGACAUACCGAGUAGCUCUUGGAGUGAUGCUGAUACAAAAUACAAAGAAGGAAAGUCAACACUUGAAUUGAAACCUGUGGAGGAAUGGUCUAAAGAAGAAGAUGCGCUUGCUCUAGCAAACUCAAGAGCAUUAUUACAAAUUCUCACUACUCAGUUUGAAAAUCUUAGAAUGAGGGAUUAUGAAACCAUUCAGGAGUUUCACAUGACUAUACUUGACUAUGAUAAUCAAUUUGAUGCCUUGGGAGAAAAGAUAUCUGAAGAGAAAUUAGUAAGAAAAAUGCUUAGGUCUCUUCCUAAGAAAUUUGAUAUCAAAGUUACUGCAAUAGAAGAAGCCAAAGAUAUCUCUGAGAUGAAGUUGGAUGAGCUGGUUGGAUCAUUGCAAACAUACGAAGUGGCUACAAAUGAAAGAACUAAAAAGAAGAACAAGAACAUUGCUUUUGUCUCCAAUGCUGAUGAUGAAGAAGUGCAGAGUGACAUGGAGACUGAUGAAAGUAUUUUAGAUGCAAUUGUGCGUCUUGGUAGGGAAUUCAACAAAGUCUUGAAGAUGAUGGACAUAAAUUCAAGACCAAACAAAGGCAAAGGAGUUCAAUGUCAUGAUUGUGAGGGUUAUGGUCAUGUCAAAGAUGAGUGUCCUACGUUUUUAAAAAUUAAAAAAGAGGGAAUGUCACCCACUUAUUCUGAUGACGAUACAGUAAAACGGGUGAUGGCCUUUACAGGAAAGUAUGACUGUGAUAAUGAUUCUUGUGAUGGAGAGGUGACCUACGAAGAACUUGCUGAUUCCUACAGAGAACUCUAUUUCAAGAGUGAAGAAAUAUGCAGAGUUAUCGAGAACCAAAAGCACAGAGGCUAUAAUCCCGAUCUCAUGUAUACACAUCCAAAAGAAACACAAAGUACAAGGAUGCUUAGAAAGACGCUGCAGCAUCCUAAGCAGCAUCAUGGAACCAGGUAUAAGGGUAAACGACGCUCUUGGAUAUGUCAUCACUGUGGAAGAAAAGGGCACAUAAGACCUUUCUGUUACAAACUAUAUGGGUAUCCUGACAUAAACUCUCAACCUAAACCACCUCCUAUGACUAUUCCAACUCGGAAAGAAUGGAAACCUAAAAGUAUGGAUAUGAAGACUAGUGAUGUAAUUCUACCCGAGAAUAAGGUAGCUAGCUUAAUUGCUCACACAUCAUUUAGAGCAUCAUCAAGAGAAAACUGGUAUUUUGAUAGUGGUUGUUCUAGACAUAUGACUGGCAUUAGCAAAUUUCUAGUUGACUUGAAAUCCUACCCGACUACCUUUGCAACCUUUGGUGAUGGAGCAAAAGGAGAGAUUGUGGGUAUAGGAAAGCUAAGCAACAAUAGCUUGCCUAAACUUGAUAAUGUUUUAUUAGUAAAAGGAUUGACUGCUAAUCUGAUCAGCAUCAGUCAAUUAUGUGAUCAAGGCAUGAAGGUAAAAUUCACUAAGUCUGAAUGUUUAGUUACAAAUGACAAGGGUGACUUGUUAAUGAAAGGUGUUAGAUCAAAGGACAAUUGUUAUUUGUGGGUUCCUCAAGAAGAAGCUAAUGUGUCAACCUGCUUGAUAACCAAAUCUAUGAUGAAAUCAAUAAAUGUGGUAAUAAAUGAUACACUAGAAGGAAUUGUGCUAGAUGCUGCAGAUGCUGCUACAACAUCUCUCCCACAUGAUGAUGCUCCUGAGAUAGUUGAAGAAGGCUUGGCUCAGUUUAUAAAUGUUGUAGGGACCAGAUCACCUCUUGACCUUGGUUUCCAUAUUCUUGAUGAAAAUGUUCUGCAUGGUAAGUCAUGUGCUGUGAAAAUGCCUAUAGUUUUCCCUACAUUGAUCAUCAUCUGUAGCAUUGUGUCCACUGCGUGCCGGAAUUUCACAAAAAGUUUUCUACUUGGUUUGUUUAUUUUCGGAAAGAACUUUAUUCAGAUCAAAAGAUUCUUAGACAACAAAGGGAUGGGGGAAAUACUUUCGUUAUACUACGGAAAGUUUUACAAAACUGAUGGAUAUCGUAGAUGGUCGGAGUGCAGGAAGAAAAAAGGGAGAAAAUGUAUGAUAGGACCGAAACUUUUUACUGGUCCGAGGCAACAUGAACUGUUAUCUCGCUUGAUUCCUCAUGUCUCUGAAGAAUCUCAAGAUAACUUGUUACAGGUUUCUAAGUCAUAUGUGGAGGGCACAACUUCUCUAGAAAAAUACAUGUCUUCAUUGAAGUCUUUUGUUGGACUUGGCGUUCUUGUGGAAGCAGUAGGUAUUGGUAAGGAGGAGGGAGACCUUACUAGGCUUGUGGAACCUGCAAAGAAAAGUCAGGAGUUAAAAUCACCAACUUGCAAAGCUUUGUCUUCUCUUGGACCGAGUGAUAUAAUACAAUCUCUGACAGGAGGAUUUCGGCUGAGCAAAACCAAAAGUAAUGAACUCUUUUGGGAAGCUGUUUGGCCCCGCUUACUGGCAAGAGGUUGGCACUCCGAGCAACCAAAGUAUCGAGGCUAUGUUACCUCCAAAGAUUAUCUGGUUUUUCUUACUCCCGGUGUUGAGAAAUUUUCGAGAAGAAAACUUGUGAAAGGUGAUCAUUACUUCGAUUCUGUUAGUGAUGUCUUGUGCAAAGUAGUAGCUGAACCGAAUAUUCUUGAGCUUGAAGAAGAAGUAGCAGCAGCAACAGCAGCUAAAGUCGGUAGCUUCAAUGAGGAAGAGACAGAAAACGGAUCAAAUGAAGACGAUUUAUCCGAUGAUCAACGUCAAUGUUACCUUAAGCCCCGACCCUUUACUUACAAUAAAGAUCAUAUAAAAUUCAUGGUUAUUGAUACCAGUUUGGUGCAUAGCGGAAAGCCAUCUGACUUAAGGAAAUUGAAAUCUGUGCCUGUCAAUUCAGUCGGUAAAGUUGAGGUAGAUCCUGCUGGUAAGAAAUAUAAAGGGCAAAAAUAUACGAGGAAAGGAAACCGUAGCAAGGAUAUCUCUAAAAGCAUUAUGCAGAAUUCGACAAAGUUGAAAGUUAUUGAUGCCAAUAGACUUUCUGAAGGAAAACCAUUAAAGCUGAAAGUGAAAUUGAAAUAUCCGCCAGUUCAAUUAGAGGAUGCUAUUACGAUGACUACUGAUCUUCUGAGAGAAAGUAAGGAUGUCUGUUCAACUUAUGACUCGCGAAGGAGUGUGGAAGCUAAGACGCUGAUUUUUGGCAAAACGAAAAUCAAUAAAACCGAUAGUCGCAGUGUUGUAUCUAAUAUUGAUGCUACCAUUAAAAAAGAAGCAUAUGAAAAUCCUGAUAAUGAUGCAAACAAGAUGAUCGAAAACCAGAAAAAUCAACAGAGCUAUGUGUUUGAUGAUGAUGAUCGUCUGAAGAGGAUAACGAAGCAUCAAUUCAACCGGAGAGAAAGAUCAAGUGAUUCUAAUCAUGCAGUUGUUCCUAUUAAAAGAAGGAAAUUGAUUGCGUGUGCCAAGGCAGAGAAAAGUCGCAUCAAUGAGAAUUCUUCCGGAGGUUUUGGAUUAGAAAAACUUGAAUUUUCCAAGUGUUCUAGCAUUGAAGAUGCCAACCAAAAUGUUUGUGAUCCAGUUUGUCAUCAGCAGAAUGGAAGUUCAACAUCUUCAGCCGACAAAAGUGUGGAAGAGGAUAAUGAAAAAAGCAUUUGCAAUGAUAGUUAUCAAUGCACAAGCUUUUCAUGUGUUAAAGUUAAGAAACAUGAAUCUUUCACCUUCAACAUACCUCAGGUUCCAUCGAAGUCCAAAAAUAGCAAAACGAUGGCAAUCACUAAGGAAGGUGUGCAGGGACUAAAGGUAACAUCGGCUACUCAUGAAGUAGUUGAGGAGCCUCCGAGAAUCACUUGUCCGAGGAGACAGAGCACUAGAAACAGACCAUUAACAGUUAAAGCAUUGGAAUGUAUAGCAAAUGAAUUGUUGCAUGUGCAAAGGAGAACAAAAAGGAAAGACUUCGAGAUACACAACAAAGAUCCUUUCAAUCCUUGGCGUAAGACUCGUACAUGAGGCAAAACAAUUCCGCAGCAUCAUUGUUCAGAUCACGGGACUGCAGUUUUGGUACAAGAAGAAAAACCUUUUGAAUGGAGAUAGUAUUAUUAGCUAAAUAUUGCAGAAAUGUAGUGUACACAAAUAUGGCGCGAAACAAAGGUAUAACUCGUGCCAUGUGUAACAAUUUUUUGAGACUAUAGAUAUAGAUAAGUUUUUAAAUGGAUAUGGAUCCUUCAUUAACAAAUUCUUUUGAGUAGCCAUGGAAGGAGUACUUUGUAGCAACAUUGUUACAUUCAUCGAUUAUCAUCGUUUG